AUGGCCGCCGCUGCAGUCUGUCCCGUCGUAGGCACAAGCACCACCGUGCUGCCACCAGGCCACCCGGAGAUGUCGUCUGACCCAGAAGCACGAUGCCCAGUAACCAACGCGAAAGUCGCCCACCACGACUCCUCCAUAAUCCACAACCACCCCACCUCCCCCAGCAUCCCCAAGGACUCCACCAGCGCAAUGGACGCCGAACAAUGCCCCGCCGUCAAAAGCAUGGCCAGCAAAGACCCCGUCGAGAACGAGAUCUGUCCCGUCGUGGGCCCCGUCUCAGCCUACUUACCCCCGACCCACCCGAACCUGACGGAGAAGGAAGCCGGGAAGGUAUGUCCCGUUACGAAUGCCAAGUUGGAGCAUCAUGAGGGGAAGGUGCAUGUGCAUCCCAAGGUGGCGGAUGAUGCGCCGGCGCAGAAGUGUCCGGUUGCGGGGGCGAUGGUUGGGAAGCAGGCUGCGUAG